AUGAGGCGAAUGUCGGUUUUUGGAGUAGUUGCUGGGCUGCUGCUAGUGACUGUGGCCUUCGAGUCGGCUCCGGCGUUGGUACUUGGAGCGAAUUCCAAGCUACAUCGAUCGCAAGUCCCAGUGCUAGCCGCGCUGGGCAAGGCGUGGCGUCGCACUUUCGCCAACUGCUCUCAAGCCACGGGAUUGACGUGUGAUGGCAAGGGCAUGGUCAUUGAGAUGUCGCUCAACAACACUCAAAUUACAGGGUCCAUUCCGUCGGUGAUCGACAAACUAUCUCUCCUGGCCCACCUCAAUCUCGGUGCCAAUCAGCUAACAGGAGUCAUUCCAGAGUCCAUCGGAAAUCUCACCAACCUCUCCUACCUAGGUCUCUACAACAAUCAGCUAACCGGACCUAUUCCUCAAUCCCUUGCAGCUCUCGCCAAGCUGCAAACUCUAACUCUCUCUGACAAUCGUCUCAACGGCACCCUUCCUGAUGCCCUCGGCAACCACACUGCACUCCUCAGACUCAAUCUGGACAACAACUUGCUGACAGGCUCCCUCCCGUCAACACUCUCUGCCCUCUCCUCCGCCACUUACCUGAGCAUUUCUGACAAUCUCCUCAAUGGCACUCUACCGGAUGGCAUAGGCGCCCUCUUUGCUCUCCAAAGCCUUGGCCUGGCCAACAACUCUCUCUCCGGGCCGCUUCCCAUAUCCAUCGGCAACCUCACCAAUCUCGUCACCCUGGGUUUGACGAGCAACAGCUUCUCUGGUCGCCUUCCCUCCUCCAUAUCGUCCCUUGGGAAGCUUGAAAAGCUCAACCUGGGCUUUAAUCUAUUCACGGGUGCCCUACCCAAUAGCAUCAGGCGCAUGACUGCGCUAACCAGAAUUCGCCUGCACAACACAACCCUCUCCGGCCCCCUCCCACCGCGCAUAGGCGAGCUCAGGAGACUCAAGCAAGUGGAUCUGAGCAACACCGGCAUCAGUGGGGUUCUUCCUGAAUCUAUGGGCCACCUGGACAAGCUGACAGAGCUCUACAUGCACGGGUGUCAGCUCAACGGAUCUCUGCCCGUGCUACUGGGCAACCUCACAGCGCUUCAAACACUCGAUCUAGGGAGCAAUCAUUUCUCAGGGGAAAUACCCCUGUUUCUUAGCAGCCUCACACGCAUGGAGACACUGGACCUCUCCGCCAGUCAGCUCACAGGAGUGAUCCCAGACACCGUCAGCAGCAUGCAGCGACUGCAACAGCUUGAUCUCUCCUCUAACAGCCUCACAGGCGCUGUCCCUUCCACUUCCGCUCUUCUCACCAACCUCACCUCUCUUAAUUUGUCACACAACAACCUCUCAGGGACAAUACCGGCUUCCCUCGCCACCCUCACCGGUCUGCAGGCACUAGAUUUGAGCUACAAUCCUCAGCUCAGUGGGUCCAUACCAGCUUCUUUGGGGGAGCUCAGCAACCUGACCGUUCUUGCAACCAACACUACCAGCACCACGUGUCCCCUCCCAUCAACACCGUGUGAGGUUCCCCAGUCACCCACCUCGGCCUUCUGCCUGGCUUGCCCCAACUUCUGCUCCUCCUGCUGCACUUCCUGCA